AUGGAUGAUUUGUGGAAUCAAGCAUGGGAUUCUUUGAUUCAAGAGGUGCAAAGGGAGGCCGACGAGGAGGCGGCGGCGAUCCCUCGUGAGAUUCGUCAUCGUCGGACAAUCCCACGGGAUCAUGUCGGAGCGGCUGAGCGGCUUAUGGCCGACUACUUUAGCGCCGACCCUCGUUCGAACAACGACAUUAACGUUCUGCAGUCGUCGCCUAUCUUCAAUGAUGAGUGCCGGGGAGAGGGUCCGCAGAUCAGUUUUGUAGCAAAUGGCACGCAGUAUCGCAGGGGAUACUAUUUGGCAGAUGAGAUAUACCCUCGUCGGCCCGUAUUCGUCAAGACACUUCGUCAACCGGCUGGAGCGAAGAGACAAUAUUUUGCGCGAAAGCAAGAGGCCGCUAAGAAAGAUGUUGAGCGAGCUUUUGGUGUGCUCCAAGCGCGAUGGGCCAUUCUACGCUGCCCGGCACGAGUGUGGCACGAAGAUGAUGUCGCGGAUAUUAUGGUAGCAUGUAUCAUAUUGCACAAUAUGAUAAUAGAAGAUGAAGGAUUUGCGGCAGAACGUUGGACGCCGGAAGAUGGUGUAAGUACAAGUCACAGCGUUGCCUCCGCGCCGAUACAGAUGGGUGUACCACGUAGUAAUGAAUAUCUGAUCCAACGUUUCGCUGAUAUACGCAGGAGCACAGCACAUGAUCAACUCCAGGUCGAUUUGAUUGAAGAGGUCUGGGCACGUAGGGGAUGCGGCGUAGCGUGA